AUGUACGUCCACAGGUCCCUGUCUGCCACGGAGAUGACAGCGGGAAUGCAAGAUCUUGCCACCAGGCCCAGUAGGAUAGCGUGGCAUCGUGCACUUGACGAUGACGAGGAGAUGAAGUUCGGAGUAUUACCCGCCUAUGCUGUUGCAACUUUGCUUCAGAUCACAACGGCACAAUUCAUCACAGCACCGAAGGAUCUGAUCACCACCACUGGUAACGGAUAUCCAGUACGAUAUAAGGAAGUGCCGAGCGGUAUCUGUGAGACUGUUGAAGGCGUGAAGAGCUACUCUGGCUAUAUUGAUGUCGCAGAGGACCAACAUCUCUUCUUCUGGUUCUUCGAGGCUCGGAAUGAGAACCCUAAGAAAGCACCGUUGACUCUAUGGCUCAAUGGCGGUCCUGGGGAUCCCUCAAUGGUCGGCUUGUUCUCAAGCAAUGGCCCCUGCUCCAUCGAUUAUGAUGGCAAUGUACAAUUCAACCAGUACUCGUGGUCCAACGUCUCCAACAUGCUGUACCUGGACCAGCCUACAACUACAGGACUCAGUUACUCAGAGCCAGUCAACGCAUACACAUCUGAGAAUGGCCACAUAAUAACCCUCCCCAAUGAUGUGUGCCCAGAGGCUGCGCCGGUGGACUCUUGCGGUACUCUGUCGUCCAGCAACGCCAGUCUGACGGCCAACUCCACAACCAAUGCCGCACCCAAUGUCUACAAGGCUCUACAAGGCUUCACUGGUGCUUUCCCGGACUAUGCUAGUAACGGCAUUCACAUCUCUACAGAAUCGUAUGGUGGACACUACGGUCCAGUGUUCGCAGACUACAUCGCAGAGCAAAAUGCAAAGAACCACACAGGCAACGCCCACAUGGAGCUCCGUGGACUGUCAGUCGGCGAUGGAUGGUUCGACCCAGUCAUCCAGUUCCAGGCAUACUACAACUUCACAGUAUCCCCUGGAAACACAUUCGACUUCAAACCCUUCAACGAAUCGAUGGAGAAGCAAAUGUACAACGCGCUCUACGGCGAGGGAAACUGUCUCGACCAACUUCUCGACUGCAACGCAGGUGGUAUCGACAGUGUCUGCUCGGCUGCAGACAAUCUCUGCUACGACGAUGUGCAGUAUCUCUACGAUGCCGUCACCGGACGGGAUGAGUACGACCUGAGAGAGCUCUCGCCUGAUCCUUUCCCGCCAACGAGCUUCGUGGCGUAUCUCAACAAACCAGAAGUUCAAGAAGCGAUUGGAGCGUUCACAAAUUUCAGCUACUCAACCACAAACCUAGGAAGUGGCACGGUCGCCACUGCCGACGACCAAGAAGCUCGUCGAGCAGGAGGGCAUCUACACAUCGUGCACUACGCUGGGGAUGCUGACUAUAACUGCAACUGGCUCGGCGGCGAAGCCGUCGCAACCUUCAUAAACGCCAACAACGACAACUCCACCCACGCCGGCUACGAAAACGUCACAACCCCCGACGGCAUAGUCCACGGCGUCGCCAAGCAAAGCGGGAAAUACAGCUUCGUGCGAAUUUACGAUGCAGGCCAUCAGGUGCCAUUCUACAAGCCGGCGGCGGCGCUCGCUGUGUUUGAGAGGAUGGUCAGGCAGGUUGAUAUUCCCACGGGCGAGGAGGGGAAUCUUGGGUAUGUGAGUGUUGGGCCGGAGAGAAGUAGGUAUCGGAAUGAUCCGGCUACUGUGCAAGAGGAGGUUUUGGAUGCGGGGUGUGGGUUUGUUGAGAAGACGAAUUUGCCGGUUCGUCCUGAGGAUGGGGCUGGGAGGAGGAGGGGAGGAGGAGGAGGAGGAGGAGAUAGGGAUGGUGUGGGUGGUGGAGGUAGUGAGGUUGAGGACCUGUUCUGCGACCUGUUCCUCGUGCCCUGA